GGUCUUGUUGGUGUGCCCUUUUUGGUGUCUUGGAGUCGGAGUGCCAGACACUCCAUUUUGCCAAAUCACCCAAACAGGUUAUCACAAAUCUUUUCGUCUGCCAGAAGAACUGCCACAAUGGCCAGCCCCAAGCAUCAAAAUCGUGACUUCAAUAUCCCUCAGAUUCCGCCCCAGUCCCCCCAGUCCGAAGCCUUUGGUGUUGAGAGCAUCAUAUACAAGUCCGACCGGCCGUCCAGCAUUCCCAUCCCGACCACCAAUGCCGGUGCAAAUACCAAUCAUGGCAACCGUGCUCCCUCAAACCCGAAUCGACCUCCCAGCCGUCCAUUCUCAGCCUCCACUGCUCCCCACAUGAACAACACGGCAAACACCAGUACCUUUGUCGCCAACAAGAACGACCAGCAACCCUUCUCGUCAAGCUCUCCUCGCCCCAUCUCCACCCCCUUCCGUACCGCAAGUCAUCCCAAACUCCGUUUCUUGACGCCAUCGGAAUGGGCCCGCAUCGCUCGCAGCAUCGGCGGUAUCGCGGACCCUUCUUCCGAGUCACACAACGUUGUCCAUCCCACCUGCUGGUACUGGCCGCCCCGGGGUAUGCCCGAGGGGCUUUACAGGGAUGUCAUUUACCAACGGACCCGGUACCUGUACUCGUACCACAUCUUCAGCAUCAUGCGCUGGGUGUUGAUGAUCCUGCAGAUUGUGUUAGGAGCGGUCCUGACGGCUCUGGGCGCAUGGGGAGGCAGCGAAGGCGUCGGAACAGGGACGCCAAUCACGAUCCUGGCGGCUGUAAACACCACUGUCGCUGGGCUGUUGGCGCUCAUGCAUAAUAGUGGGCUGCCGGACCGAUUGAGGCUGAACAAGGUUGAGUUUGAGCAGGUGGCGGAUCAUCUCAAGGAAGUCCUCGAUACGGGCAUUGUCGAAGUCGGUCAAGGAGUGGACGACCUCCUCAACAGUUGCUUCUCGCGGUAUUACACGGCCAAGGCUACCGUGUGGGCCAACAUGCCUGAUGCGUAUACGUCGUCGUCUGCUGCCAGUAGGGAUAAACCGCAGCUGAUUUGCCCAGAUCCGACCAUCCACCUUCUUGUGAACCACGGAAAAGAAUCCACACAAAGAGAAUGAAGGCUCUAGUUUCAGUCUUUCGUGAAGCCGCAUGGUUGGGCUGUGAGAACAUGUGUUAGGGGAGUCUGGCCGUUGAGAAACAUGGUGGAGGGGUGUUUGAGAAGUCAAGUCUUUUUACGUAUAGCAGUUGUCAUCUUUUGAGUUGGUCAUCUGGUCAAGUAUGAACAUGUAAGGGGCUCCAUUUUCUGGUGGACAGGAGGUAAUGAUGCCUGUAUGAGGUGGACAUGGAAGUUGAUAUGGAAACGCUUGUGGUACAACUCUUUUACAACGGAUAAUCCUGCCAACCUUGAACAAUCAGCAACAUAUAUGGCAUAUCUUCUGCUUUCAAGUCGAAGAUAAGAUCAUCUCUUUGUGAGAUGGCUAAUCCUAAACUUCA